AUGACGUCGUUUGGUUUAGUGUUGGGAAUGGGUCAAUCCGGGUACCAGUGGGUCGGCAAAAAUCACGUGCUCACACUCCUGACCACUCGAAACAUGGAAGUGGCUGAAUAUGCUAGCUCAGGUAACACUUCUUAUCAAAUGCGCCUUUUAAGUUUUAAUGAAAGUUGGGGUUUACAGCACAAAAAAGUCUUUGAGAAAGAUUGUUUCUCUCCUGAAUUUGAAAAGAUUGGAAAAGAAAUUACAUUAAAAUGCGGAGGAUUACCUCUAGCAAUUACUGUGAUUGCUGGAUUUCUCUCCAAAAUUGGUAAAACAUUGAAUGAGUGGCAAAGUGUUGCUGAGAAAGUAAGGUCAAUGGUAAGCACUGAUGUUGACGUCCAAUGCAUGAGAGUGCUUGCUUUGAGUUACCAUCAGUUGCCACAUCACCUAAAAACAUGUUUUCUGUAUUUUGCAAUCUUCCCAGAGGAUGAAGAGAUUUAUGUCGAUAAACUUGUGGAAUUAUUGGCAGCGGAGGGAUUUUUGAAGGUAGAAGAGACGAAAAGCAUAGAAGAAGUGGCAGAAAAAUGUCUACAAGAUUUAAUAGAUAGAAGUUCACUUUCCAUCGAUUAUGAGAUAUUUUUUGGAGAGACGAAGUAUUGUAGAAUACAUGACGUGAUCCGUGAAAUCUGCUUGAAGGAAGCUCGAAACAUGAAUAUAGAGAAUUUUAUUGGAGAAAACAAUGGUCAAAAUCCAAGUGCACUAUCCAUUCAUUUUUCCUCAAAUAGUCGAGGUCGGACCAGUACCCAAUUGAACUACCGUAUUAUUGGGAAAAAAUUGGCUAGAUCGUGUCCUAAUAAUGAGGCUCGUUCUAUUUUCUUUUUGAAUAGUAAGUCAGGGUUCAUGUCAGAGUUGUUGCCUUUCAGGCUAGUAAGAGUACUAGAUCUUGCAUUAAUGAACUUUAUUGUUUUUCCCAGUGGGUUACUUGAUCUAAUUCACUUGAGAUACCUAGCUUUGCGUCUUUCUCCUAGCGUGCAUUACUAUCUAGGAAAAGAGACUCCCUCAUCAAUAGAUAUUCCUCCUUCCAUAUCUAGACUAUGUUAUUUGGAAACUUUUAUUAUUUGUCCGCCACCUUACGAGGAACUUACGGCACCUCUAUAUCCUUUGAUAUUACCGUCGGAAAUUUUGACUAUGCCACAACUGAGGCUCCUCCUUUUGGGCUGGACUGAAAGCAUUACACCUUCAGGUGCUGCUCCACUAGAUCCUUUGAGGUUUCUGAAAAUGCGAGGUCCAAGUCCUACACAUGCUGUUCCACCUUUGCUCCUACCUCCUGCGGAUGCUUUUCCACAAAAUCUGAAGGCAUUAACUCUUUGUAUGACUUGUUUGUGGUGGAAGGAUUUGAGCAUUGUUGGUAAAUUGCCCAAACUCGAAGUUCUUAAACUAAUAGGUGAUGCCUGUAAAGGCAAAGAGUGGGAAGCAGCGGACCAUGGUUUUCCUCGCUUGAAGUUCUUGUACCUGCGAGACGUGGAUUUUCAAUACUGGAGAGCUGGUUGUCAUCACUUUCCCUUCCUUGAACGACUAGCUAUUUUAUAUUGUCCUUAUUUGGAUUCAAUCCCUCAAGAUUUUGCAGAUAUAACCACGCUUGCUCGUAUUAGUUUAACUGGGUGUCCAGAAUCUUUUGGGAAUUCUGCCAAGCAAAUUCAACAGGACAUGCUAGACAACUAUGGUAAUUCCUCCCUUGUGGUCAAUAUAGUAAGACAUCUUCUUCCUUAA